ACACUCUCAGACGCAAAAGAGCAAACACGUAGCAGUUGCACCACCUCCACAGAAAGCAAAGCCGCUCAGCCACAAAGGCAUGUAAUAAAUUACCCAAUUUUCAUGUAUAAAAAUCCAUGAUGAAGAAGAACAAGAACAAGAACAAGAACAAGCUAGUACUGGUACUAGUACUUGGUGUGCUCAAACUUUCAUGGCGACAGCUUCGUUCUCUCUUCAACCCCUUCACAAAGCUUUUUCUAUCCCGAAUUACCCUCAACUGGAUAGUAAUUCCCGAUUCCGUCCCCAUCUCCGGUAUUCCUCUAAUGGCUUCCCCUCCAUCGCCAUUCGUGCUAGCUCCACGGUUACUCUAGAACCCGACACGAUAAGCCAGCAAAAUCAAAGUGCAGAGCUUUUUGCUUGCCCAGUGUGUUAUGAACCGCUGACAAGGAAAGGUCCUUUGGGUCUUAACCUGGAAGCAAUUUACAGGUCGGGAUUUAAGUGUAAAAAAUGCAAAAAAUCAUACUCGAGCAAAGAAAUAUAUUUGGACCUUACAGUGACUGCCGGGUUGAGGGACUACUCUGAGGACCAACCAACUAGGACUGAGUUAUUCCGGAGUCCACUUGUUUCAUUCUUAUAUGAAAGAGGGUGGCGUCAGAAUUUUAGCCAAGGUGGAUUUCCUGGUCCUGAUGAAGAGUUUAAAAUGGCCCAGGACUACUUUAAAUCUGUUGAAGGGGGUGUUCUCGUAGAUGUUAGCUGUGGAAGCGGUUUAUUUUCCAGAAAAUUUGCGAAAUCUGGAACCUAUUCUGGAGUAGUUGCACUUGAUUUUUCAGAAAAUAUGCUUCGUCAGUCUUAUGAUUUUAUUAAGAGAGAUGCUGCUCUUUUAAGUAGUAAUCUUGCUCUUGUGAGGGCAGACGUAUCUAGGCUUCCCUUCACAUCAUGUUCAGUUGAUGCUGUCCAUGCCGGUGCUGCAUUGCAUUGCUGGCCAUCUCCUUCCAAUGCUGUUGCUGAAAUCACUCGUAUUUUACGAAGUGGUGGAGUUUUUGUUGGAACCACAUUUCUGCGAUAUACUCGUUCUACCCCUGGGAUAAUAAGGCCUCCCAGACAGAGGUUCCUUCAGAAUUAUAACAACUUAACAGAAGAAGAGAUCGAGGACUUAUGCACAUCAUGCGGUCUCACCAACUACUCAAGCAAAGUUCAGCAGUCUUUCAUCAUGUUUUCUGCUCAGAAGCCUUGAGACUAGGUUUGAAAUAUUUGAAAUAUCAUUUCCCCAUACUUGACUUUUAAUAUAUUCUUAAAUUGAUAUUGUUAUAUAAUGUAAAUCAUCAUUAUAGAACAUUUAAAAAUGAGUAGAAAAAUAUUAGCAAGAACAGAUCCUGAAAAAGGUGGUGGCCCAGAACAGAUGCAAUGUAUAAUUAUUAAUAAGCAAAUUAUUAGUUUUCUGAA